UCAAGGCGGUGACCCGGUCGCCCUGAGUCCUGAGAGCCCAGCGCGAGGCCGAAUGGACACCUUGGUACUGGGCCGCUGGCGACGACGGAGGUCGGAGGAGCUGCCGGCUCUGGGUGACGCGAAACGGAUGUGCAGAAGACCAGAAGCCAACGGGCACGAGCGUGGUAGCCACACGGUGAGCCCCUGCACGCUGUUGUCCUGGCGUACAGAGGACCAGGAAAUUCGGCCACAAGCCCCCCCAGCACCUCAGCCAGAGGGCAGCCAGGAGAAGCCAAGCUCAGUGAUUCUUCAGAACAGUGGAUGGAGCUCAGCCCAGCUGUGCCUGAGGUGUAUUGCAGGAGAAUCUGGGCAUUUCAACCAUACUGGGAACCGUUAGAAGAUGCAAACAGAAGAAAGAAGGUUCCAGUUUGGGCCAGUGUGACUCCCUUACAGCUGGACCUGGGCACCUACCUGUUCAGAUAGCAGCCAAGGCUCCAUGCAGGACUGCUUGUCCUCCUAAGUAGUCCCUCUGUUCUCUGCAUGAGGCCAGGAGUAUCCUGAUCGUGAUGGCUCACUGUAUCCUAUUUCUAAUGCAUUCUGCUUGAGAGAUUAUCCAGAAGUUUAAAAAUUCUGAAUCAAAUUGCCUAGAUUUGGGAGCCCCGUAGCUCAUGGAAUCGUAGCAAUUGGAGCUCUGGCUUUAGACUUUUGAAUUGUGUCUAGAUGUAUCCUGGGCCACUCACAUGCUCUUUUUAAUUAAAAGACUUAUUUUUAUAUUUAAAAUUUUCUAUAAUCUUGAAAUGAAUUUACUAAAUGUUGGUGUUCAAUCUGUGCUGUCUAAUUCUCUAACUGAAGUUAUCAGGGACAGAACCCCUUUUAUAUUAAAAGGAAAUUG